AUGUCUCGCCCUCAGGUCAGCAUCGACCGUCUCACGCCCCGCCGUGCGACGGUCGAGCCACGCGAAACUAUGAACUGCAAAUCCUGUCGCAAGCGCAAGAUCAAAUGUAAUCGCUUGCGACCAAGCUGCGAGGCCUGCAAGGUGUUCCAGUGCCCGUGUGUUUAUGACGCAGUUCCCAAAAAGCGCGGUCCGAAGACCGACGUGCUGGAAGCGCUGCUGAAACGUGUGGAUGGACUCGAAAAGCGACUGCACGAUGAAAAGAAUCCCAUCUCGCCCACUUCGCCCGACCAGGCCCCGGACGACCCACCAAGCUUUCUGUCCCGCCGGAAUACCAUCGAUACCUCGUUCAGUCUUUACGCUGCAAAUGAACCGCGAUCAACUUUGUCGAAUUCCCUGUCGCAGCAUGUGGAACCUUUUCCUCGGAUGGCUAGUCAGUCGGGGAAUCUUCUUCCGCAGCAGUCUCCGACACAGGGUGUUUUGUCGGAUGCGAUCCUGGACAUUUACUUUUCGCGACUGCAUGGGAAGCCUUUCUUUAUACUCGAUGAGGCGACUACGCGACAGCGACAUCAGAUGAAUCAAUUGCCGGCGUUUUUGUCCAUGGCUAUUUCGGCAAUGGCAUUGAGGUACACCACUUCACCCGGUCAAGUAGAGCAGGCACUACGGUCGGGACUAGAUGCGGCGCACCAGGCAAGGCGCAUGAUCGAUGUCGAUAACCCAACGGUUGAGGGGUUGCAGACUCUCUUGUUGCUAUCGCAAGCUUUCUUCGCCUUUGGACUGGGGAAGAAGGCAUAUAUGACAUUUUCGAACUGCGUGGCGAUGAUUGUUGCGCUGGAUAUGUACCGCGAGGCACCAGCCAAGAUGAACGUUUCGCCCGCCGAGCGGGAAACCAGACGUCGCCUGUUCUGGUCUGUCUAUCUAAUGGAUCGCUUUAUUAACUGCGGAUCCCGACGGCCGUGUCUCAUAUCAGACCAUUCAAUUGUUCUGCGACUCCCAUCCUGGUCGCCCCAUGCAGCCGGUCUGAACAUGGAAGGAGAGCUGUUCCACGUUGGACCUAACAUCCAGUAUUCAGCAGACUCCCGCCGCAAAUCGCCCAGCGCGGCUUCUUUGUUGAUUGACAUAACACGGAUCCUCGGUGUCACCAACAAAUAUUUGGCAGCGGGCGGAGUCAAGGGCGACUCUCAUUUCCCAUGGCAUGCGCUCUCCACUCUUUCCAAGAUCCGACAAGAAUUGGAUAUCUGGGCGGCCGGUACGCAGGACGUCUUUGCAUCUAUUGAUGCAUUGUUUGGUCACCCCGAAAGCACAACACUAUUACUGAGCAAGUUGAUUUAUCAUCUUGUGCAUUGUUUGAUCUACCGCCCAUUCCUACCAAUCGACUUGGUUGAGCUACGCGGUACAGGGCAGCACCAGUCUUGGCAAAUCGAGGCCACUAAUCUGUGCUUCUCGCAUUCCAAUGCAAUUGCAGAGCUGGUUGAAUUAGGCCGGAACUCUCCACUGGUUGAAUGGCCUGCCUUUGUCGGUUACUGUGUUUGCACAGCUGGGACUGUUCACGUGCACGGUGUGCACUACAAGGGCCGCGAAGGCGAGGUCUUUUCUUCGAGUGCUGAGUUCUUGACACGGGAGAUGCACCAGCUCACUUGGUUGCGCAGUAUCUGGACGGGUGUCCAGCACCAGCGUGAGCUGCUGCAGACUAUCUAUACCUGUCACUCGGAACUGGUGCGCAAUCUUGCUAGCAGCCCAAUGCGUUUCUCGCCCGUCUUCCAUCUUGAAGACUUCCUGGAUCGAUACCCCGGUCUGUCGUUAGAUGGAUCUCAUGUCCGAUUAAUAGAUACUGGAGAUGACCUGUCAUCGAGUACAUCAAACUUCAUUGAUCGACAAGACCACUACUACCAACGAUCAAUGGCGGCACCAUCCUACCAAACCCCAUCAUCCUUCUAUUCAAACACCAGAGGCGCACCCUCAACCCCCCUUGCAACCCAAACCCCAGACACAGACCGCAGAAACUCCCAUUCUCACUCUCACUCCCACUCCCAAUCAAUACCCUUCUCCCAAAAAGGCCAACCAAACCCCUCUUCCCUCUCCCCGACCCUCCAAUUCCACGCCCCAAACCACAACCAACCAACCCCUUCCCUUCCCUCAAUCUUCUCCCUCCCAGGAACAGACCACCCAAACCCAAACCACAACCAACAAGAACAAACCAACCAACUAGCCCUCCCCCCAGGCUUCUCUCCAACAGUCUUCGGCCUCUCCCCACCCCCCUUCCUCUCAGAAACAAACCUAAACAUAGCCCCAACACCCCCCUCAAAUCCCCAAUACGCAACCUUCCCCUUCGACGCCGCUCACACAGGCAUGAGCGGCACAGCCGGUGGUACAGUCCUCACUCCGGGCGCCCAGUCACAUACUAGCGGGACGCAAACUACGACUGGGAGCGAAGGUGGUUCUCUAGAGAAAGAUCCAUUCCUUAGUUUACUGGAGCAGCUGGCUGAGAAUGAAAAUUCCCAGGGUGGGCCUAGUGAGCUUGAUUUCUUUUUGACGGGGACUGGGGCUGUUGAUGGUGAGUCGGAGAUUGUCGAUGAUAAGAAUGGCAAUGGGGUCUCAUAA